AUGUUUCAAAUCAGACUCGUUCUCUCUUCAUAUCGCAUUGCUUUUGCAUUUUCAGUCGUCAGUCUUACUACGACUUUACUCUUCUAUACAGAAUCACUGAUUGCAACAGAAACGACCGUUCUGCUCGAUGCAAAAACUCGCGCAAACUCAAUCUUUAUUCCUUCGCUAGACAAGGAACUCGACAAAAUCACCGCCUUUUAUUUGAAUAAAGAGCGUGAACUUUUUGAAGAUGUAAAGAAUCAUUUGGCUGAUGUGGAAUUUAUCGAAGGUUUAGAAAACACUCCGGCAUUAAGAGCACAUGGAAAUUUGUUAUCUAGCUCUUAUGAUUCGUCAGAUAGCAUACCGUACGGGAAGGGUGCUGCAAGAAACAGACAAAGGAGCAUAAGCGAGGCGAGUCUAGUGAGUAGUGAGGAUGACUUUGAUGCUGAAGAGCGAACUUACAUGGCUGGUGUUAGCAUUCCAUAUGGUGAUGACGAAGGACAACUAAAGAAUACUGGAUAUUUCUGGGCCAGGCCCGCUCUAGAAGCAGAACGCAUUGGAUUGAAGAAACGUACCAUCGAAUUGUUUGUCAGGCUGUCAGAAUUGAAAUCAUUCGUUAGCUUGAAUCAAACAGGUUUUUCGAAAAUACUGAAAAAGUACGAUAAAAUUACUCACGGCCAAGAGCAAAGAGAUAACUACAUGUCCAACGUGGUGAACGAGGGUUUUCCAUUCAAAAGUCACAACAGAGAAAGAUUGGAUGAACAGAUUUUCUCCAUGAUUUCACUGUAUGCCAAGUUAUGCACAUUCAAUAAUUUCGAACUUGCCUCGCGCGAGCUCAAAGCUCAUCUCCGUGAAUUUGUCGUCUGGGAGAGGAAUACCGUUUGGCGUGAGCUUAUCGGAUUAGAGCGUAAAGCACAGGCAGUCGGUAUCCAUGGCCCAAAUGCGACGCGGUUGAUAGAUGUUACAGAGUUUAGAACGCCAUUUGGAAAGAUUACGUUCGAGACGGACUUUGGGAAGCAAGUUUUAGCGGGAAUAGUGUGUAUUGGCGUGUUUGUAUUUCUGUUAAAUGUAGAUGGAUUAUUUAAGAAGGUUGAAGAAAGAAAUUGUUUUGCCUUGUUGAUCUUUGCUAGUAUGCUUUGGGCUACUGAGGUUAUACCUCUGUUCGUAACUUCUCUUCUCAUCCCAUUCCUAGUCGUAGCUCUUCGCGUCCUUCGUACUGAAUCCGAUCCCCGGGAACGUCUUACAGCCCACGACGCUACUCGUCAGAUCUUUGGUGCCAUGUUUUCUCCAGUCAUUAUGCUUCUUCUCGGUGGAUUUGCCAUAGCCGCCGCAUUGAGUAAAUAUCAUAUCGCAAAGAUGAUGGCAACUUUUGUGCUGUCAAAGUCUGGAACGAAACCGGCAUGGGUCUUAUUGUCGAAUAUGUUUGUGGCUACGAUAGCGAGUAUGUGGAUUAGUAAUGUGGCAGCUCCGGUCUUGUGUCUCAGCUUGAUUCAGCCGAUCCUCCGUAAUCUGCCACAAAAUAGUCCUUUUGGUCGUUGUCUUAUUCUGGGAAUAGCCCUCGCGUCAAACGUGGGUGGAAUGGCAUCUCCAAUCUCGUCUCCGCAAAACAUUGUUGCCAUCGAGAAUAUGAAUCCUGAGCCGUCUUGGUCAGAAUGGUUCUUAGUAGCCAUCCCGUUGUGCAUACUAUCCAAUAUUAUAAUUUGGCUAUUAUUGUUGUAUAACUAUCAACCGUCGAAAAGUACAUUGACCAUACACCCCAUAAGAGCAUCGAAAGACCCAUGGACUGGCACCCAAGUGUUUGUUGUUUUUGUGACAAUUCUUACGAUUGUGUUAUGGUGUGUUGAGAAAUCUUUGGAGGAUUUUCUUGGCGAUAUGGGUAUAGUCGCGAUAUUGCCUUUAGUCGCGUUCUUCGGUUCUGGUAUUUUAACCAAAGAAGAUUUUAACAAUUUCCUCUGGACCGUAAUUAUUCUUGCCAUGGGAGGCAUCGCGCUAGGGAGGGCUGUAUAUAGCAGCGGGUUAUUGGAAUCGAUUACAUUGGAGAUUACUGAAUGGGUGGAUGAAUUGAGUGUUUGGGAAAUAUUGGUCGUAUUUUGCGUGUUAGUGUUGAUUGUGACGACAUUUAUUAGCCAUACUGUGGGUGCGUUGAUUAUCCUGCCUAUUGUAUCUGCCGUUGGGGCCAGCCUUGGAAAAGAUGGAGACAAAACUCAUCAAAAUUUGCUUGUCAUGGGAUCUGCUCUAAUGUGCUCUUGUGCAAUGGGUCUUCCCAUUUCCGGUUUUCCCAACAUGAACGCUAUAAUGAUGGAAGAUGAGAUGGGUGUUCGAUAUCUAAGCACCAAAGACUUUCUCAAGUCGGGAGUUCCGGCUUCUGUCUUGGCGAUGUUUACAAUCGUGACCGUUGAUUGGGGUUUUACGUCGGUUGAGUUGACAAAAUUCAUGGGUCAUUCUAAAUCUCUAUCUGCCGUUCCCUUAAAACACGUUCACCAGGGUCACGUUGUAAAGUGA